AUGGCUCCUCCUCGCAAGAAGGCCGAACCUGUGAGAAAGGAGGAGAGCGAGAACGAGAGCGAGAGCGCGAGCGAAAGCGGGAGUGCAAGUGGGGGUGGAAGCGAGGAUGAAAGCGCAAGCGAGAGGAGCGAGGGUUCAGACGAGGGGUCUGACAGGGACAGUGACGCGGAGGAAUCGGGGGACGAAGGGAGCGGAACGGAAGCAGAGGAGGAGGAUGGGGAGAAGAGCGAGGAGGAGAGCGAGAGAGACGCGAGAACAGAGAGUGACGUCGACGGGGACGAGGAAGCGGAGGGGGAGGAGAAUGAGGGGGCGAAAAGAGCGGGAGGGUUAGGGGGCAAGGAGACAGAAGGGCUGCUGGGAGCAAGGAGGACGAGCGGAACGGAAAAGGUUAAGGGACAAGAUGUCGGGAAAAUUAGUCAGUCGAGAAGACCUCGGCUGACGUGGCUAUCGUGGAUUGGCCUAUGGCUGGGCUAUUUGAUCGCUGCUUUUAUUGCCUACCACGUAAUGCAGACUGCCACGUCACCCGUUCCCACUCUCUCCCACGCCUCCUCCUGCCUCUCCUCCUCCUCCACUGUUAACGAAACAGCAGAAGGGGGGGAAAAGACGCCAACCUCACAGCCCGGAUCAGUCCAAUCAGGAAACGCCACGUGUCCGGCUCCGCCUCUCCCUCCUUUCACUACGUGGCACCCAGCCGUGGCAGCAGCCGCCACUCUCGUGCUUCAGCCCUGGUCCCCUGUAGCGGCUACCCUCGCCGUCUUAGGGUUUUCCCUCCUGCUUCUGCGGCAGGUGUCUGCUAUUGUGAAGAAAUUAGUAGCCUUAAGAGAAAAGGUUAAUAGGCUCGAGACCGAGGGAGCGAGUGCGGGGGUUGGAGGGGACGAGGGACGGGGAGAGGGGGAAGAGAGCGAGGGAGAGGAGGAAGAGGAGGAAGAGGAGGGAUCGGAGGACGGUGAGAGGGAGGACUGGGAGGGGUUCGCAGGUGGUGCAGGGGGGCAAGUAGUGGCAGUUGGCGAUGUCGGUUUAGCAGAGAGCCUUGCUGCGAUCAGUGAGAGUGUCGGCACUAACUCUUUGUUAGCGAUUCUGGUGAAUGAGGUGCGGGUUCCGUUAAGGGGCGUGCUAGGGGUGCUGCAGCUGUUGUCCUCCUCGCCCUUGGACGCAAUGCAGCAGGAUAUUUUGCAUUCUGUCACCGCCACCACGCGCCACCUCAUCCACACGAGGACAGGCGGGGAGGCGUGUGAGAAGCGAGUGGAGAUAGCCGUGCUGGUCAAGCGAGUGGAUAUCGCCGUGCUGCUCAAGCGAGUGGAUAUAGCCGUGCUGGUCAAGCGAGUGGAUAUAGCCGUGCUGGUCAAGCGAGUGGACACUGUGCCAGCAGCUGUUGUGGUGUGGGGGAAGCGAAUAUUCUUCUCAAUCUCUUCCCUGUUGCUCUCCGCCUGGUCAAUCGGGGCCACAUCUUCCUCUGUGUCUCAUCGCCUCUCUCUCCCGAUUUCCAAACCCCCCAUUCCUCUCUCUCCUCUCCUUCAAAUGCAGAUUCUUCUCAACCUCUUCACUGUUGCUGUCCGCCUCACCGAUCGGGGCCACAUCUUCCUCUGUGUGCGUGUUGCCUUCGACGCUCCCCACAAACCACCAGCAGCAGCAGCAGCAGCAGCAGCAGCAGUGGCAGGAUCAGGAGCAGCAGGAGGAGGAGCAGCAGUAGGGGAUGGGGUGGAUGGAGGGGAGGAGGAGAGGGAGAGGGCAGCACGGGGGAAAACGUCUCUGAUGAAGGGCGAACACCUGACUCUGAGCGGGUUACCAGCGGUGGACGGCAGUAACAGCUGGCCUGCCGUCUGUGAGAUGCUGAAGCAGCAGGAGAACCGACUCAAAAAGUCACCCUCUGGUGGCGCUGCUGCUGCUGCUGCUGCUCCUGCGGUUGUUGCUGCUUCUGGCAGCGGCGGCAGUGGUUCUUCUUCUGCUGCUGCAGCGGCAAAUGCUGCUCCUGGCGCCGCUGCUGCUGCUGCUACUGGGGGUGCAUCUGGAGCAGGGGCAAGGGCCGGAGGGGCGGACAGGAGGAGGAGGGGAAUCCGGCUGGUGUUUUCUUUGGAGGACACGGGGGCGGGGCUGCCGGGGGAGGUGCUGGCAGCGAGGGAGCGGCCGUUCGAGGCGGUUCACAUGAAGCUGCAGCAGAAGUAUGCUGGCGUGCCGCUGCUGCUGUGCUUCGCUGAGAGGCUCGUGAACUCCAUGUCAGGACAAAUGUCGCUAUCCACGCGCGUCAGCACCGGCACCACCGUCACCUUCGAUGUCCUCCUGGACCAGCCUCCCCCAGGUGCCACCUCCCCCAGCACUGGCGGCAGCAGCAGCAGCUCAGCCGGAGGGGUUGGAGCAGGAGGAGGAGGAGGAGGAGGAGCGGCGGCAGCAGCAGGGGGGGCAGUGCCGCGGGUGUUUCACAUAGGGUAUGGGGCGAUAGGGGACGAUCAGCACGCCGAGUGUGCGGGACUGAGGGCGAAGCUGCGGGGGAUGCGGUGUCUGGUGGUGGAUGGGCGGCCGGUGAGGCAGCAGGUGACUGCCACGUACCUGGCUCGCAUGGGCCUCCGAGUCGACCUCUCUGAUAGCGUCCCUGCUGCUGCUCUCGCCCUGCGACACUCCCGGCACCUCCCAGGCCAGGGCCUGGUGAACAGGAAGAGCCGGUGGGAUAUGGUGGUGGUGGAUGCCGAUGCGGACGGGCCGGGCACGGGGAUAGAGCUGGGGCGCAUGGUGCAGCAGCUGAAGGAAUUAAGGGAGGCAUGGGAGGCCACUCCUAUUGUGCCCAAACUGCUGCUGCUCACCCAGACCACAAACGACGAUCUCGAGGCUGAGGCAGCGAGGCACGGCUUCUCAUGCAUCAUGCUCAAGCCGCUCAGAGCCGCCACCAUGGCUACGGCUCUCCUGCAGGCGCUUGGGCUGAAUCCGCGAGAGACAACAGCACUGGCCACCAGACGCAGACAGCUGCUGCUGCGGCUGUGCCUCAAGGGGAAGCGGGUGCUGGUGGUCGACCACCACUACAUCACACGCAAGGCGGCUGCUGAGCUGGUUUCGCACUUUGCUGACGUGGUGGUGGCCGUUGACAGCUCAGCGGAAGCCCUCUCGCGACUCACGCCUCUGCCGCACUCCUUCCAGCUUAUCCUCGUUAAUAUCCGACUCGCUGACAUGCCUGGCUUUGAAUUCACCGAGGAGGUGCGGCGCCGGGAGGCGGAGCACAACAAGGCGGAGGUCCAACGGUGGGGCGCCACGUCAGCGCAGAGAAUCCGCGUGCCGAUUCUGGGGCUGGUGUCAGACAUGCACCCUGAGAUGGUGGCACGGUGGCGCGAGGUGGGCAUGGAUGGGCUCUUGACUACCCCCAUCGAUGAAGCCCAGUUGUUGACAGUAGCUUCUAGGCUGUUCAAGCCAUCAGAGCAGCACUAG